UCGGGUCAGUGUGGAACCCCCCGUUAUUUAGGAGGCGAGGGUUUCCUCGGCACUCGACUGGCGCGCGCACACACACACACACUUACUCGCGAACACAUGCACGCACACGCACAUUAUAACCCCGUACAGUCCUUCACCAACAGACUGUUGGGAUGCAAGCACUGUUAGCGAGCAUCUGUUAAGAGCCGGCACUGCGCAACGCGGAGGUGGUUGUGGUUAGCAGCACACACGCGCAUCUUACACAUAGACCCCCGUACGCCCAUAGGCGUACACAGCAUCCAGCGCGCAUCUUACACACACACAGGCACGCGUGCUAUUGCAAGCGCUGCAUGUAGCAGUGGUGGUAGUUUCUGGUGGUAGCAGUGGCGCAUUGGAACAUGCCGACCAUGGAAGGCACAGAGUUUGGAUUUUCUCUCAGGGGCGUCGCGCCCCAGCCACGCGCGAAUGCUGCUUCCCCGAGGGUCUUUACGCGAAACUCACCGUUCCUGUGGCCGGGAGAACGUACGUUGAGGACAUGCUGCCCGGCUACCCGGCUCUACAGCAGCCAAGCUACGCACCAAUCCCUGAGCCCAACUGCAGCAACAGCGGCGGCGGAGCGGGUGGAGGUAGCGGAGGUGCAGACGACAAUUGCAAGCAACAACAGCACCAGCAGCAACAACAACAGCAGCAGCAGCAGCAAGGCAGCUGUGCUUACGGUUCUGGACUGCAUUGUGACAGGAGCCGGGAACAGAAGCCUGGGUUGUCCGUGUUGGACGACGGCAGCUCUCCGCUGAGUGCGCUCCGCUACUGCAUGCCGGCUCUCAAGAUGGAACACUACCUGAGCCUCAAGCAGGCGGCCGUGUCAUCCCUACGGGACCACGACUCGUCCGAACCUCCUCCUCCUCAUCACCAUCACCACCACCAUCACCACCACCAACACCACAACCACCAGAGCCAGCACCAUCACCACCAGCAGCAGCAGCAGCAACAACAGCAGCAGCAGCACGGCAGCAGCAAGGGCGAGGGUAGUCCCGAUUCGGUGGACAUCAAGGCCGGAGCUGGUGGAGAGAUCGGCGGUGGAGGAGCAGGGGGAGGAGGAGGAGCAGCGGGAGGAGGGGGAGGGAAGGGCAAGAAGAGACGGAACCGCACCACGUUCACGAGCUUCCAGCUGGAGGAGCUGGAGAAGAUCUUUCAGAAGACGCACUACCCCGACGUGUACGCGCGCGAGCAGCUCGCCCUGCGCACGGAGCUCACCGAGGCGCGAGUGCAGGUGUGGUUCCAGAACAGGCGAGCCAAGUGGCGCAAGCGGGAGAGGUUCGGGCAGAUGCAGCAGGUGAGGAGCCACCUGGCGGCCGCCUGCGCCUUGCCACUGCUUCCCCAGCCCGAUACCUACCCACAGGUGUGUACACGACAGCUACAGCUGCAGAACGCGUCCUGGGUGGGCGGCAGCAGCGCCGGCGGCUCGCCGGUCUCCAGCUGCAUGAUGUCCCCGCACGACGCCCUCCCGCCGUCCUGCAUGUCGCGCCACGCGCACGCUCACGCCCACGCCUUCGUGGGCAUGCCCUCGCCGGGACCGUGCCUCUCCCCGCCGGGAAUUGGCAGCCUCUUCAACGGCGUGGGGCUCGGCGCGGGCGGAGGAGGAGGGACGGUUCCGUCCGGGGCGUCGAGCGGCGGAGGGGGGAUCUCGAAUGCGGCGGCGGCCGCCGCGGCCGCGGCCGCCGCGGCUGCAGCGGCCGCUGCCGCCGGGGUCAACGGCCACGAGUUCACGCUGAGCGUGGAGUGCGAGCGCAAGAGCACCAGCAUCGCCGCGCUGCGCAUGAAGGCGAAAGAGCACAGCGCCUCCAUCUCGUGGGCCACGUAGCCGCGAUGAGUCGCGCAGCAGCAGCAGCAAACCGCAGUCAGCAGCAGCCAACAUUCGCUGUGAGGUCGUGUGGCGAAGUGACACCCGCCACCCCCUCCAAACCCACCGCGCCCCUCGCCGCCCCCCAACCCACCCUACUUCGCCCCCCUUUGAAACCACCAUCAGUGCCGCCACUCAAGCUGCGAUCGAUGCAGCCUCAACUCAACUUUGGCCUGGGUCACAGAGCUCUGGCGUGGUUGGCGAGCAGCGAAGUAUGUCCCACGGCCAGUAGUGGAGUUCAGAGCCAGCGGGUGCCUUCAUGCAUUGAGCAUUUGCAUUUUUUCACGUAGAACGAGUUCCGGCCGCAGUACUGACUCUUUUCAACGCCCUGCGCUCGGGUUUAUGGCAGAGUCGUGGUGUUAAUGAAGGUCAAAGUGUCCUCUUGCUGAAAUGAACGUGGGGCAUUGCUCACUGCCGUUGGCAGCCCUGACCUAAUGGUGUCAAUUCCAUAAUCCGAUGGCAAGGUUCGUUACCUCGAGAGGAUGACCGCCGUUCCCACCAGCUUUUUAUUGACCCUGGGGCGAUGAUAAUAAUGGGCAAAAAUCGACCAACCAAAACACGGAUUUGAACUUCAGACCUUCCGACUGUACGUCAGGUGCUCUAAUCAUAACGCCACUCCACCAAAUCAUAAUAAUAACGAUACAAAUAAGACUUCACUCAGAUUCUCCAUUUCAGGAAGGUCACUCUUGAGAUGCUUGACAGAUUUCGUAGUGGGCUUUAAUUGUUUAUACCUAAGGAUCUUGCUCAGAAAAAUGAGAUAAAUCCAGCAUCCUCUUUAUUUUGAGUCCUGUACCAUCAUACUCAAGGUCAAGAGGUCAUCAAGGCCAAUACAGUUGAUGCCGUCAUACCUUGCCCCAGUAAAAAAAUUAACUUUUUAUUUUACUCGGUAAUGCCCACUGAGCAAUGUAGCUCUUUUUCAGGAGUGACCUGGCCACAAAUGAUAUCUCAACGACGUGGCUUGUCAUGUGGAAACGUAUAGCAUCCAAAUACUAUAAACGCACGUUUUUUAAUGUGGAGGAAAAAAGUGGAUGACCCGGAGAAAGAUCCACGUGACCACGUGGUCGGGAUUGAACCCACGAACCUGCGGCCUACCAGGCGAGGGGGAUAACAUGUCGACACUACGACGCCCAGUUUCACGUCCGCCCCUCGGUCGCUGAUCUCUGGGAGCUAUCGACGCUGCCGGUCUCGGUCGCCCAUCGUCUUCCUCCAGCUCACGCCCCCCCCCCCAACCCCCUCCCCCCACCCCCGCGACGUCAUUGCAGCCUCCUCCUGCUGCUCCGUCUGCUGUAACGUGGACGUUAAAGACCCAGUGAAAGCCGCUUGCAAUGAGAGUGGGCAAUUGCGUGCCAAUGUAGUGCGGAAUCCAGAUCCCAAAUUUUCAACAUCACUUGCUGUUUGAAUGCGAAAAUAAAUUAAUAAGCAUGGGCCUGUAGAUUUGCUUUGCGAGCAAAAUACGCAGUGACUCUCAAUAUGGUCUCAAGUGUUUAGAUAAAGGACAAGUUACUACGUAAAAAAAAUCAAAUAUCAGAUAUAUGGCCGUAGAGAUGAUAUUUGUUAUAAAUGGUGUGUCCGAGUGGUCCGACGGUUCGAUCGCUUGACCCAACACACGUAAGUUUGCAAGUUCAAAUCCCCAUUGGUCGUCAACUCUGCCCAUCAUCCCUCCAGCGUCUAUAAAUUUGUGAGUAAUACAUCUGCGACUGUUGCACGGAUAGAAUGGCCCCCACCAUGAAAGUGUGGAAUUGUUCAGCACUGGCUGAGUGACAGGUAACGAGCCUUGGAGCGCUUCUCCGUCGCUCAUCCAAAUAGGAAGUAGGCACUUUGACUUUUCAAAGAGGAAAUGCGUGGCAACAGUUUAACGGACGGACUUGCCAUCUCGACAAUGGCAUUCGAAUGCAUAGUGCGGGCUACGUACGUGCACACACACACACGCGCACGCGUGUGCACGCGUGCAGAACUCAAGCAAGACAGCUACACAGGUGGCAAGUCUCUCUUUGAGUAAUGAAGCACCUGGCUCUCUGAAGAAAUGCUCCUCGGGCGGUCGACGCUUGUGGCUGCUGCUGCUGCUGUUGCUGCUGCUGCAGCAGCCAGAAGAACAAUGUUGGGGCUGUAGGGGGCAAAGAGUGGAGAUGAAAAAAAAACGAUCCAGCCUUCCAGACACUGACAAAAAGAAUCUACGACUUCAAUCUGACAUUUUGAGAAGUCCAAGUCCCAUGGAUUGGGGAAUUAGGCGAAAAAAUAUUUAGUGAUGUGAUGUGUUUGCAUUUGGGAGCAAUGGAAGGUUUAAGUUUAAAGGUUUCCGUUUUAUUUUUAGAUUCUUUGGCUUGGCAAGGAUGUGGGUUUUUUUUUUCUUGCUCUCGUACUAACACAGUGUUGGUGGCGUAUGUCCAGUAUAUAUAUAAAAAAAAUUUCCGAAGUUAAAUUCGUAUUUUUUUUUUUAACACGAGACACGUUCGCCACGCAUGCAGUGCUUUGGGUGUGCGGAAAGUUGUUAUAUGCAAAUGUGCCCCCUCCUCAUUUUUUUCACGGUCUGACGAGUAAGAACCGCGCCGCUUUAAAUAUUUCGCGGAAAAAAAAAACAUAUUUUAAGUGCUUAACUCGAAACCUCGUUGUCCGCGCUUUGUGCUAUAAAAGUAGACGCAGGGGAUGCGUACAGGAAUUUUAAAGUUUAAUAAAAUACAAAAAGUG